UGUCUGCAGAGACCACCGUUGUCAGGCGAACCUUGCCCUACCCAUACAGCUCUUGGCAAAUGCCGGUAUGGUGGUCCAAAGUGCAACGUCUGUCAACCACGCUCCACACGUUAAAGCCUCGUUGUUGUUGGUUGAGAAGCACCAACUCACUAACAACAGCCUUGGCGGUGGCACAGCUUCUUUGAUCCCGUUCCUUGCCAACACGGGCGCUGCUUGUUUCGUCGUCGCUCCCGGCCUGCUGCUGUGGAUAUAAAGACCCCGGCAGCUGCAAUCACGAUGAGACUCUCGAAGGAACCCAUACCCGUCCCAAGAAAGCAACACGAAACCUCCCAAUCUAUCACCACCUCAGUUCCCCCAUCAAGAUGGUCCAACCUUGGUCCUCGCGCAGAGCUCGCUGGGCCGCCCUGGUGGCGGUGAACCUCGGCAUGACAGCCUCUACCAUGGGCCUUGCGGUUUUCGUGUUCAGAGACUUCGAGCCCUUGGUGCCUCGCCUCCUCAGGUACUGGCGCACGCAGAGCGCCGACGAAAGCAUCUGGGACUCCCCGGAACGCGACCUCUUGGCCAUGACGUACAGCAUUGUCGCUCUGCUCUUCGCUGUCGGCACGUUGAAUCUCUACCUCGGCGCGAUGGGCACCUUCAUCAUGGCACGGAUCGGCAAAGACCAACAGGCGGGACGGCAGCACAAGUGGGCAGGCUCAGAGAGGGGCCAUGUCAGAUGGCUUCGUGCGCUGCGGCACGUCGCCUAUUCCGCGGGGCUCGGUGCAUGCGCUGCAAUCGCCGUGCUUAGCCACGCGAUGAUGAACUUGCUUCGAUGGCCGGAUCGACACGUGGUGCUGGCGGAGGAGGAGAGAGACAAGUGGUGGCACAUGUUCUUGGCCGCGUUUUGUGUCAGUGUGGUCGACUUUGUUGUCCUGGGCUGGUGUGGAUGGCUCGUCAAGGUUGCGCUGCAUACGGGUCAGAGUACCUGGGGGUUCUUUAGGGCAAUAGGCAAGUACGGUGCCACCUCUCCCGGAAAUCCAUGAACAUGGUCGGGGACGGCGUCAUGUAUCAUUGUUACAUAGUCGAAUCGUCUAGGGGAAAUGCGCUGCAGGACGCUGUCGUCAUCUUUACAUACAAUCAAUUGCUUCUGAACAUCUUUGAAGUUGUGUUACAGCGUGAUCUGAAGCUUCCCGCGGAAUACUAGACUUCGUACCUCAUUACUAGGUAUCCAACCCCCUUCAGCGACUCCCCGAGCCAUCAAUCAACGUCUCCCACGCGCGAGCCUCCAAG